ACCUCCUCCUAAAAAAUCAGACCAGCCUUGUAGUGUUCUCUGUAGAAAAAUCUCUAAACCCCUUUCUCUGUGUAGGAACCUAAUUUCUUGAAGUGUAGUAAUCACGUUAAGAAGCUAAUUAUUUUGCCAUGGAAUUGUUUUCUGUGAAUUUCAAGAGCUGUUGCUCUUUAGCUUUAACAUCUCCAAUUGUCUCUAGAGCUCAAUCUCCUUCUCUUUCUUUCUUUAGGUAUACAACUCCAAAGCUUAAUUUUUCUUCUAAAUUCAAAAUUAUUGCAACUAGGCGGAAGAAAUCUUAUGUGGCAGGUGCUGUUGGGGGUGCAACUGAGCUAUCUAGUGAUAGGAAAGAGGAGCCGUUGAUGUAUUCUGAUUCAUCUCAUCCAACGGCUAUUAAUGAUGAUAGUUAUAUUGCAAGAACUGGUCAUGAAAACGAUAGUCGUAUUGAUGAAGAUAAAAUGGUUAGAGUAUGUGAUAAGCUAAUUGGGGUAUUCAUGGUUGAUAAGAACACACCAGCUGAUUGGAGAAGAUUGCUUGCUUUUAGUAAAGAAUGGGAUAAUAUUCGGCCUCACUUUUAUUCGCGAUGUCAGGAACGAGCUGAUAGUGAAAAUGAUCCUGGAAUUAAGCAUAAGUUGCUCAGGUUUGCAAGGAAGUUGAAAGAGAUAGAUGAAGAUGUGCAAAGACAUAAUGAACUUCUUGAAGUGAUCAAGAAUGCCCCUUCAGAGAUUAGUGAAGUUGUUGCUAGGCGUCGUAAAGAUUUUACAAAAGAAUUUUUUGUGCAUGUUUUCACUGUUGCACAAUCAUAUCAUGAUAACCCAACUGUGCAAAAUGCCUUGGCAAAGCUUGGAAAUGACUGUGUCGCAGCUGUACAAGCCUAUGAUAGUACAACAGAAAGCAUGGAAGCACUGCAUGCUGCAGAGUUGAAAUUGCAAGAUAUUAUCAAUUCUCCUUCUUUGGAUUCUGCGUGCAGGAAGAUAGAUGAUUUGGCUGCAAAAAAUCAACUUGAUUCGUCCCUGGUUUUGAUGAUCACAAAGGCAUGGUCUGCUGCUAAAGAGUCCAACAUGACAAAAGAUGAGGUAAAAGAUAUAUUGUUUCAUCUAUAUAAGACAGCUGUGGGCAAUCUUCAGAGACUUGUGCCGAAGGACAUUAGAAUAGUAAAGCAUCUUCUUAAAAUUGAGGAUCCUGAGGAGCUACUAUGUGCAUUAACAGAUGCUUUUACCCCAGGAGAAGAAAUUGAAGGAAAUGAUGUAGACUGCCUAUACACGACCCCAGAGAAGCUACACACCUGGAUAAAGGCUGUGGUGGAUGCUUACCAUUCCAGUCAGGAAGGAACUCUUAUAAGAGAAGCUAGGGAUCUAAUGAAUCCAAAGAUUGUCAAAAAACUGGAGGAACUAAAGAAGCUAAUUGAAGACAACUUUAUGUGAUAAAGAGGUAGGGCGUUGCUUAUCGGAAGCUUUUAUAUGUCCUGGUCCAGAAAGUGGCAACCAUUCCACAAAAUUGUUGGUAUUAAAGUGGACCUAGGGUUGUUCAUUUACAAGGUAGAUUCUGUAAACCCGCAUAAAAUGAUCUUUGGAACUUGAAUACCACCUGAAGUCUUAGUGUUAAAUAACUUCCCCUUUUUCUUCAUUUUGUUUCUCUUGGAAUCAUCAGUAUAGCAACUCGAAGCAAAAUUGAAGACAACUGUUUAGGUUGAAUAGUAAAUGCCUUGGGAUCUUGUAGUUUUAUGUACAGGGGGAUUAAUCUUAGUUGUAGUUCCACAUUUUAUAUGAAAUAACUAUUUACACCAA